AUAAAUAUGCCUGGAGUCAGACUUCCUCUUUCUUUGGUUCUGCAUAGGAAUGGGAAGCAGCUCCGAAGGCCCGGCUCACUUCGAGCAAAAGGCAGAUGGGAACCAUGCCGUACCGCCAAUAUAUCCUGAGCAGAAGGAUUUUGAUAUGAUCUAUAGAAUUGAAGAUGCGCCACCUUGGUAUCUCUGCAUCCUGCUGGGAUUUCAGCAUUACUUGACAUGUUUCAGUGGCACCAUCGCAGUUCCCUUCCUACUGGCAGAAUCGCUGUGCGUCGGGAAGGACCAAUACACCAUCAGCCAACUCAUUGGUACCAUCUUCAGCUGCGUAGGGAUCACGACUCUUAUCCAAAGCACUGUGGGAAUUAGGCUGCCUCUGUUUCAAGCCAGCGCCUUAGCGUUCCUGGUUCCCGCCAAAUCUAUUCUGGCCCUGGAGAAAUGGAAAUGUCCUCCAGAAGGGGAGAUCUAUGGCAACUGGACGUUACCAUUAAACACGUCCCACAUUUGGCAGCCGAGGAUGAGAGAAAUCCAAGGAGCAAUCAUCGUUUCUAGCCUGGUUGAGGUGGUCAUUGGUCUGGUGGGCCUCCCUGGGGCCAUGCUAAACUACAUUGGGCCCCUCACCGUCACUCCCACCGUCUCCUUAAUUGGGCUGUCCGUGUUCCAAGCUGCGGGCGACAGAGCGGGAUCGCACUGGGGCAUUGCAGCACUGUCGAUUUUCUUAAUCAUUUUGUUUGCUCAGUACCUACGAAAUGUGUCUUUUCUCCUCCCCGGCUACAAAUGGGGACAAGGGUGCACUGUGUUCCGAAUUCAGAUCUUCAAGAUGUUCCCGAUCAUUCUGGCCAUCUUGGUGGUCUGGCUGCUGUGUUACAUUCUGACAGUGACAGAUGUAUUUCCUCGUGAUGUAGAUGCCUAUGGAUUCAAGGCCAGAACAGACGCUAGAGGAGAAAUAAUAUCCAUUGCACCGUGGUUCCGUCUCCCUUACCCUUGCCAGUGGGGCAUCCCCACAGUGACAGCUGCCGCCGUGCUGGGCAUGUUCAGCGCUACCUUGUGUGGGAUCGUUGAGUCUAUUGGCGAUUAUUAUGCUUGUGCUAGGCUUGCAGGUGCUCCACCUCCACCUGUGCAUGCCAUUAACAGGGGCAUUUUUACAGAGGGAAUCUCUUGUAUCAUUGCUGGUUUGCUGGGCACUGGCAAUGGUUCUACUUCCUCGAGCCCCAACAUCGGCGUCUUGGGCAUCACCAAGGUAGGCAGUAGGAGAGUGGUACAGUACGGUGCUGGAAUCAUGCUCAUUUUGGGAACCAUUGGCAAAUUUACAGCUUUGUUUGCCUCCCUCCCUGACCCAAUCCUUGGAGGGAUGUUCUGCACGUUGUUUGGCAUGAUCACAGCAGUGGGGCUCUCCAACCUGCAGUUUGUCGACAUGAACUCCUCCCGCAACCUUUUCGUCCUGGGCUUCGCAAUGUUUUUUGGGCUCACCGUCCCAAACUACUUGGAUUCGCGCCCAAAUGCUAUCAACACAGGUAUUGCUGAAGUGGACCAAAUAUUAACAGUGCUCUUAACCACAGAAAUGUUUGUUGGAGGUGGCAUUGCAUUCAUACUGGACAAUACCAUCCCAGGGACUCUAGAGGAACGUGGUCUAGUACAGUGGAAGGCUGGGGCACAUGCAAACAGCGGCACGUCUGCAAAACUGAAGAGUUACGAUUUUCCAUUUGGAAUGGGUGUGGUUAGAAGGAUCCAGUGGUUAAAAUAUGUGCCAAUUUGUCCAGUCUUCAUGGGUUUUCACUGCGGAACAAAGAGGGAUUCCAGCACACCAGAACAGAUAGCAAACACAGCAGAGAUUACAGUCAUAUGUACAAAAGUUUGAAGAGACUCCCAUAAGCCCUUUCUUCUCCCGAAAACAUCCUGCGAGGCAGCUGGAGGUUGAGCACCCGAGUUUUCCUUCUCCUGGAUGGGCUACCUUUCUAGGUUGUCAAGCUCCACCUGCCCCUCACUUCCCUCUGCAGCUCGUGCAGAAAACAUCUUAUUGACUGUUGGACCCACUCUUAGUCUCAUCCACUCAAUCUGCCGGACCCUGUCUUCACAUGCAGAGGAAGUCCCAAACUCACCAAGACUGAGUUGGUAUGUUUUGCAUGCAAAGCAUGUUCUCUGCUACUGAGCUAAAGCCCCUGGCACAAACAUUAAUUUUUAAAUGUUUAAGAUUAGGAAACUGUUGUAAAAACCAUAGAGGAAACCCCACUGUUUGUCAAGGACACAAUUAUCUGAAUGUUGAAUGUAGGGCUUGAAGGAUCCUUGGAUGUUUACCAAUUAUUUUUAUGGAUUUCCCACAGUUUUGAACAAAUUGUCGCCACAUUAAUACAGAUCCUUGGCUGUUUAGCCCCCUCCAUGAUAUAUAAAGAGUAUUUAGGAAAUCCCCUUCUUAAGAGUACACCGUAAUACAUUUCAUAGAAUCAUAGAAUUUGGUACAAGCCUAUUCGCUUCUAUCAAAAAACCAUGCCUAUGGAUCCACAGCCGUGUCACAAAAGAAGUCAAAGAGCCUAACUCACAGGCUCACCUAAUUAGAUAAUGGAUUAAAACAGUGCAGCCUGGUGGUCUUAGCCACUGUUCCCAAUUCUAAACUUAACAGUGAAUCCUUAACCAUCAACAGCAAAAACAUUAAUGUGGCAAUUUAGAUGUUAUUUUGUGGUUACUUUUAAGUAGUUCUGGUUUUAACUUAACACACCAGAGUUCCUGAAUACUACUUUCUUGUUUAUUAUUGUACCUGAGGCUUCACUAAAACUUUUUUUGUCACUGCACUUUUAACAUGCGGUUCCUAUCAAUGAAAAAAAUAGCAAAGAUUCACAUGUUUCUGCAAGUUUAUCCGUCCAAAAACAACUGCUUUGAUAACUUCUGCUGAAUUCAAGUGCAGAGUAUGUACUAAGGCAGGAAACUCCCAAAUUGUGAGCCAGCUCACACAAAUGUGCUUUAUUAAGUAAGGACUCCGGUGAGGUUGUCAAAAUUACCUGCCUCUCAGAGACGGUUGAUAGGCAAGGGAAAAAAAUAUACAGGGCAGCAAUUCACACAAAUAUUGCAGGUGAGCUCUCCCUGUGGGAAAGCAAUUUUUCAGUCUAGGCAUUGUGGUUCAUGUGCACACAAGGAGGAAACUUCAAUGGAACUGACUUCUGAGCAGAUAUGUUUAGGUGCCCACAAGUAGUUGAACUUUGGUCCCAAUGAAAUCAAUGGUGCCAAAACUAACUUUGGAUCUACUCCAAUAUUCAGCCAAUUUCCCUCAUUUUAGCCAUUAUCUAUGCUCAAGGUGUUUUUGGAACAGACUUGGAAAGUGCGAGGAAAGGAAAAUAUGUUACAUUGGCUAGUUCUAUGCUUUUAGUCUACUAAAAUUGGAGGAACACUUCGUUCAUCGAUCCCAAAGUAUUGCCUUUUUAAAUUCAGAAGAUUGCACUGAGCCUCCCAGCAUUUGGGAUAUGUAUUAUUACAAUUUGCGCGCUACCAACGGACUUGAACAUAUGGCAGAUGCUAGACAGACACUGAGGCCACCUCCAGCUUCAGCCACCAGACACGCAAGCCACAUUGUCACAGAAUCCAAAAGCCAAAUGAGAGCUGCUCCGGAGGUCUGCAAGCACACAUUCGCUCUCUUAACCACCUAGCCCCAGACUAUUUUUCCUAGACUCUUAACACAUGCUUUCCUUAUUUCUCUCCAUUCUUUCCACUGCAAAGACAUUAAGAGGGAGGGAGAAGGGAGAAGGAGAACAAGACAGAAGAGGAGGUUCUGUUAUAAAGUGUCUUGAUUUCCUUCUUUUUUAGCUCCUCUUUGAAAUAAAUACCUGACAAGGAUUGUAGGCAGCCUUGGUACAAAUAAACUCAAUGUUUAAAACCA